AUGGCAACUUUAAAUGAAAAAAAGACCUGCAGCGAACGGAUGGAAAAUUUCCGUCGUUUUGUCUGGAAUCCAGAAACAAAGCUCUUUAUGGGAAGGACCUUGAUUAACUGGGUGUGGAUCAGCCUGUACUACAUGGCUUUCUACGUGGUGAUGUCAGGACUGUUUGCACUCUCCAUUUAUUCUUUAAUGAGGACAGUGAACCCAUACGAGCCGGAUUACCAAGACCAGCUGAAAUCGCCAGGUGUAACAUUACGACCCGACGUGUAUGGGGAUAGAGGACUACAAAUUUAUUACAACAUCUCUGACAACAAAACCUGGGAAGGUUUAGUGACAACUCUUCAGACUUUUUUGACAGCAUAUACACCCGCUGCUCAGCAUCUGAACAUCAACUGCACCAGUGACACGUACUUCAUUCAGGACACCUUUGAUGGCCCAAACAACACAAAACUGUCCUGCAAAUUCACCUCAGAUAUGCUUCAAAACUGCUCUGGCAUCACAGAUCCUACUUUCGGAUUUCCAGAAGGAAAACCCUGCUUUAUUAUAAAGAUGAAUAGGAUUAUCAAAUUUUUCCCUGGCAACGGCACUGCACCAAGAGUGGACUGCACAUAUGUGGGUGAUGAGUCUCGCCCACUGGAGGUGGACUACUAUCCUGUGAAUGGUACCUUCAACCUCCAUUACUUCCCCUACUAUGGAAUAAAGGCACAGCCCAGCUACAGCAAUCCUUUGGUAGCUGUGAAAUUUCUCAACAUUACAAGGAAUGAAGAACUUAGAAUAGUGUGCAAAAUCAUUGGAGCUGGAAUUACCUUUAAUAAUGUUCAUGAUCCGUACGAAGGAAAAGUGGAAUUUAAAUUAAAAAUAGAAGACUGAGCAGCAACAGAGACACUUCUGAAAAAUAUAUAUGAAGAAUGAACUUACCUAUUAACACAUUCACCUGUAUUUAUUUUCUAUGAUUUCCAUAUACAUUUACAGAAAUUAAAUGGCAAAGAGACGUUUUCUACUGAAAGAUGAUCCAUAGAGCUAAAAAUCAAGAUACUACUUGUAGUGUGUGAAGGAGAUGAGGAUUAUCUCCAUGUACAUAGUCUACUAUUCCAUUGGUACCACACACUGCUGCUUUCACACAAAUAUUUGUACAAAACAAGUUUUCCUGUAAACUGAGCAGCUGUGCCUUCGAGAAAAGUUAAGUAUAGGAUCAAAACAUCAUUUGCAGUUUCCAAGCCAUAAUAAAUUAUCGAUGUAUGAUACUAAUUCCUGGAUAUUGAGAAAUAAUUAGAUGGCUAGAAAAAUAAAUCAAUAGUUUGAAAUACUAACACCUAAUAUAAAAUUCUCAGUCUGUCUCGUAUAGAAUGUAUAAAUUAUAUAUAUAAGUACAAUAAAUUAUCUGUAUCCCAGUGUGUUGUUUUUUGUACAAGUCAGCCAAGUCGGAUUUUUUUUAUUUGAUAAAUCAAUGACUGAAAAAGAAGUGAACUUGAAAUCUGGCUUCUAGCUUAGAGAUUUUAUUGUAUCACUUAAAAUUUCUGUACGUAUACCACUUAAUAAAAAUGACUGGUGAGACUGUAACAUCGAGUUACAUCCAGGAAAAGUGCGUUCAUUUAACUACUAGAGUUUCAUUUUGUUUUGGUUUGUUUUGUUUUCCAGUAGAAUAGCAUUGUAUUGCAAUCACAAGUUUUAGGCUACUUGGAAUAAUCUGGAAGAUGCUGAAAUAACACUAAAUGUUUAAGUGAAUCUAAAAUUUGAGAAGUCUAACUCUGCCACAUAUGAUACAAAUACACGGGAUUGCUCUGUUUGUAUAGUAUGAUUUUUAGAUGAAGUCCAAGAUGCUUCACUGAGAGAACAAAUAUUGCACAGAAAAAAAAUCAUUCAAGAUAAGAAAUAAUUUUACACCUUCAUUCCCUGGACAUUCUAGGAAGUGGAAAGACAUAACAGGUCAACCUCCUUUACUACAGAGACAGCCAUCUUGCAGAUAGAAUCCAAUUGGAGGGAAGCAUUUCUCCUUCCAAACCAGAAAUGGUCUUUGUGCCUUUCUUAGAAAAAUUGUGCAUUCUGCACUUCAGAAACAAUAAGAAAUUGCAUCAUCACAUAAGAAUCCUCCCUCCCUCCGUCUUUCAUGUUUCAUUUUCUGCAGUGGGACUUUUCCUCUCUUGUAAGAGACUGAAAGAAUAUAAGUUCUAUAUCCCUGUUGAAACACAGGUCUCCUCCAGUGCAUCUUUCCAAAACAAGACAGAAAACAAUAAAAUAAUAAAAUCAUUUUGAUAACAGAAUAGGAAUUCAUGCUCAAAGGUAAUUCAAGGCUGUCUAAACAGAGAACAUUCAAUAUUAUCUUACCAAGCAAAUCAAGAACUCUUCCCUUGCCGUCUCUGACAUAAUCUCUGCUUGACUCUAUUUGAUUUAGCAUUUCAAUUUGCACAUUUGAAUCGGGCAGUGCAGUGUUACAAGUUCACGUUUUAGCUCAUAGAAUCAUAGAAUGGUUUGGACCUUAAAGAAUACCCAGUUCCAACCUGCCUGCCAUGGGCAGGGACACCUUCCACUGGAUCAGGUUGCUCAAAGCCCCAUCCAGCCUGGCCUUAAACACCUCCAGGGAUGGGGCAUUCAUGACUUCUCUGGGCAAGCUGUGCCGGCGCCUCACCACCCUCACAGUAAAAAAUUUCUUCCUAAUAUCUAAUCUAAAUCUCCCCUCUUUCAUCUUAAAACCGUUACUCCUCCUCCUAUUACUGCACUUCCUGACAGAGUCCCUUUCCUGUAGGUCCCCUUUAAGUACUGCAAGGUUAUUAUAAGUUUGUCUUGUCCCUGACAUUCUUGGACAGAUUUCAUUGUGUCCGGGCUUUAGCUUUUCUAACCUGAUCACUGGCUGCUCAGACAAUUUCUCUGUAUGCCUCCCAGGCUGCCAGCCCUUGCUUCCACCCUCUGUAAGCUUCCUUUUUCGUGUUUAAGUUUGUCCAGGAUUUCCUUGUUCAUCUAUGGAGACCUCCUGGUGUUUUUGACUGACUUCUCUUUCUUGGGAUGCAUCAUUCCUGAUCUUGGAGGAGAUGAUCCUUGAAUAUUAACCAGCUUUCUUAGGUCCCUGCCCCUCCAGGGCUUUAUCCCAUAGUAUCCUACCAACGAGAUCCCUGAAGAAGCCAAAGUCUGCUCUCCUGAAGUCCAGGACAGUGAGUUUGAUGUCCACCCUCCUCGCUGCCCUAAGGAUCUUGAACUCCACAAUUUUAUGUCUACUUCAGCCAAGGCUGCCCUUGAACUUCAUAUUCCCUAUCAGCCCCUUUCUGGUUGGUGAGAACGAGGUUCAGUGUAGCAACUCUCCUCAUUGGCUCUUCCAUCACAUGGAGAAAGGAGUUAUAAUCAAUGCAGGAGCUUCCUGGAUUGCUUAUGUCCUGCUGUGCUGUCCCUCCAACAGAUAUCGGGGUGGUUGAAGUCCCCCAUGAGGACCAGGGCUUAUUAAUGUGAGGCUGUGUCUGUCUGUCAAAAGAGUGGCUCAGCCUCUCACUCUUCCUGGUCCAGUGGCCUGUAGCAGUUUGCCACUAUAAUGCCACCCGUCCCUGCCUUCCCUUUAAUCCUGACCCAUAAUCUGUUAACUCCUCAUCCAUCCCCAGGUGGAGCUCUGAGCACUCCGGCUGCUCAUUGACACAGAGGACAACACCCCCUCCUCCCUGUCACUCUUGCCUGUCCCUCCUAAAGAGC